AUGGAAAAAAUUAAAACAACACCUUUACAAGAACAAAAUUGUGUUCUAGUUGACAACUUUGCUAUCUUUGUUCAAAUCUUAUUAGGGACAAUUGCAUUUUCAACCCUCAUUUAUAAAAGACACAGAGAGAGACCACAAAGACCAUUACGUAUAUG